GCCUGUAUUUCGUGACAAUGGCUAUUAUAAAUUGAACGGCAUAUUGUGGAUCAGUCAUAGAAGAAAACAUGAUCAAGUUUGUUGUAUUAAUACUCGUCGUAGCUGUAGCUUCUGCUAUUCCACAAAUACUUCCUCGUUUGGAUGGAAGGAUCGUCGGUGGAGAGAACGCAACCAUCGAACAAUACCAAUACCAAGUGUCUCUUCAGUUCCUUGGUGAACAUGUUUGCGGCGGUUCUAUUGUUAGCAGCAAAUACGUUGUCACCGCUGCUCACUGCACCAACGGAUUUUCAUAUUCCUCCUUCAGCAUUAAUGCCGGAUCAUCGAACCUUAACUCCGGUGGAGUCAACAUCGCCGUCAAAAAAAUUCUCCCACAUCCAAAAUUCAACUCUGACACCAUGGACUACGAUAUCUCAGUUUUGGAACUUGACAGUCCAUUGCCCUUCGGAAGCGGAAUCCAAGCAGUUUCUUUACCAAAUAACGACGAAGCCGCCACUGUAGGAGCUGAUGCCAUCUGCACCGGCUGGGGUCACACCAACGAAGGUGGUUCUUUUUCAGAUCAACUUCAAGUCGUCACCCUUAAGAUUAUUUCCACGGAAGAAUGUAUCAAUGCUUAUGGAGUUGGUAAAAUCACUGACCGUAUGAUCUGCGCUGGAGUUGGAGGUGGCAAUGAUUCUUGCCAAGGUGACUCUGGUGGCCCAUUGGUCUCUGAUGGAAAACUCGUUGGUAUCGUUUCCUGUGGUCAUGGAUGCGCCCGUCCAUCCCAUCCAGGAGUUUACACUCGCGUUUCCAAUUUUCGCGAUUACAUCACUCAGACCGCUGGUAUCUAAAUCCGAAAAUAUAU